AUGCCUCUCUUUGCCUCGUGGCUGCGGCUGGCUAGCCCUACGGCCAAGAUGGACGCUCGUCCCUGCGCCUCGCACGAUUCCAUUGCCAUCGUUGAGAAGCCCGACGCCCUCCACGCCCAGCUGGCCGACUCGAGGGCUGAGAAGGUUCGCUGGCUGGUCCAGAGCAUCGUCGAGACCCACGCCCAGCUGCUCAAGCUCCCUCAUUUUCGGCCGGGAAAGGCCAUCAACCACCUCCUGGGGAACCUCGUGGCCGUCUGCUCUGAAAUUCACGACCGGGACAUUGUUGACAAGGUCUUAUCCAACCCUAACGUCCAAGGAGUCCUCCUCUCCCUCCGCCAGAUCUGCGCCCAAGCCGAGUCCUGCCUCGAGCUGCAUUGGGCCGAGCACAUCCUCGCCGGCGGACCCCAGAGCCCCGACGAAGUCCUCGCCCGCCUCAAAACCUUUCCCUACUACGAGAACUACGAAGAGCUCACCCGCCUCGAGCUCUGCGCCAUCCUCUCGGCCACCAAGACCCCGCCGCGCCGUGUCGCCUUCAUCGGCUCCGGGCCCUUGCCCCUCACAUCCCUCUGCCUGCUGCAGUCCCUAAAACACGACGCCCUCCUCGCCCGCCUGGCACCAGCAACACCCCACCCACCAAACGGCACCGCCAUCGACAUGUCUGUGUUAUCUCCGGCAACGGACCCCCUUAUCCUCAAUGUAGACUACGACCCGGCCGCAAUCGCCGCGUCCCUGACCCUCUCGCUAGCGCUGGGCGAGACGGGAAGUGGGAUGGAGUUCAUCUGCGCCGAGGCCACGUCCCCGUCCAAGGACCUCGCCGAGUUUGACGUGGUCUACAUGGCGGCGCUCGUCGGCAUGUCACAGGCGGAGAAGGAGGGCAUCAUCCUCCAGGUGGUCGAUCGCAUGCGGGCCGGGGCGCUGCUCGUCGUGCGCAGCAGCUGGGGGCUGAGGAGUUGUCUUUACCCGGAGGUUGAUCUCGCUACCGAGGGGUUGCUCAAGAAAUUGGAGUGCUGUGUGGUGGUGCACCCGUAUGGACAGGUGGUGAAUUCGGUUAUUGUUGCGAGGGUUAGACAGUAG